AUAUAAACUUGUGGAUAUUAAUCAUAAAAGAUCCUUCAAUAGGUAUGAACCAUUUGUUCUUGCUAUCCAAGCUGCUCAGGUGAAUUAUUCCAUAUAUCCAAGCUUAAAACGUGACAAGGAUGAUUGGUGGGCUGUGUUCAAAAUCAAAGCGAGAUCUGUUAUUGAUCUUCCUGAGCAAGUGAAUGUCACAACCCCCCCUGCACGGGAAGAACCAUUUCAAGAAGAUGAAAUGGAAGUCCCUUUGAUUCAAAUUGACGAUGAUGAUGAUCAACAACAAUACUUGAAUGAUCAAAACGGUGUACUAGUUGAAAUUAAUGAAGAGGAUGUUGAAGAUGAAGAAGAGCUUGAAUUGGACUCAGAAAGUGAUGAGGAAUGCGAUGAUGUAUAUGAUAGUGAUACUAAUUAGAAUUAGGAUGCGAGGCAACGGUCGCAGGGGAGGUUUGUUGGGUCAUUCACAGUCAAGGCAGUUACCUGUGCAGGAUGAACCCAAUGAUCAACUAGACCAAUCUACACAGGGUCAGCCUCAGGUUCCUUCACGAUCCACUGGGAGGUCGGCACCAGAUCCAGAGGGGUCUACUGCUUCAACACAGCAUCGAGCUACACCUCCACCUCCACCACCACCACCUAUUACCCCAUCUUCUGAGCCUGCAAUUGGAUCAACCUCUGGUCAUGAAGGUCAUUCAGUUGGGGCAGCACCAAUAUCAUCGAUGGAUGGCCUAUCACUCACUACAUUUGGAAGAAAGAAAAGAAUAAAGCUCGUUAAUGGCACAAAUAGUUUGAUUGGCAAGAGGUGACUCCACUAGUAAAGGAAGCUUGGAGGCGUAAGGCUACAGAGCGCUAUAAGGCCCUAAUGUGCAAUGUCAGGAAAGGAAAAUCCAAGGUCAUCGUGCCUAAUAGUACAAUGUAAAAAUGGAAGGAGGCAUGGAGUAGCCCAGAGUUUAAAGCCAAGAGCCAUCAGUUCACUGCUA